AUGGGGUCCUGUUUAUCUGCAGAGAGCAGGAGUCCUAGACCGGGCUCUCCUUGCUCUCCUGGCUUUGGUGUUAGGAAGAGGAAGAACUCUAAGAAGCGAUCUGGUUCUAGGAACUCUUCCUUUGAUUACAGGAGAGACGACCCUUUGCAUCGUGUUCCGGGUCGUAUGUUCUUGAAUGGUUCAAGUGAGGUUGCUUGUAUCUUCACUCAACAAGGCAAGAAAGGUCCUAAUCAAGAUGCCAUGGUUGUUUGGGAGAAUUUUGGUUCGAGGACGGAUACAGUCUUCUGUGGAGUGUUUGAUGGCCAUGGUCCAUAUGGUCAUAUGGUUGCAAAGAGAGUCAGAGACAACCUUCCUCUCAAAUUAAGUGCUUAUUGGGAAGCAAAAGUGCCGGUUGAAGGUGUUCUAAAGGCGAUCACCACCGUUAAUAGUACAAGCAACACUAACAACUCUGAAGAUGUUGCUGCUGCUGCUUUUGUAUCUGCUGAAGAAGAACCUAUGCCAUCUAUUGACAUGGAGGAGGGGAACACGGAAGAGUCUCAUUUUGAAUUGUUUCAAACACUUAAAGAGUCGUUUCUUAAGGCUUUCAAAGUUAUGGAUAGAGAACUUAAAUUCCAUGGAAGUGUUGAUUGUUUCUGCAGUGGGACAACGGCUGUGACUUUGAUCAAGCAGGGUCAAUAUCUCGUCGUUGGAAAUGUUGGGGACUCGAGAGCUGUGAUGGGCACAAGAGACAGUGCAAAUGCUCUUGUUGCUGUUCAACUAACUGUGGAUCUCAAGCCAAAUCUCCCAGCCGAGGCGGAGAGAAUAAAAAAGUGUCGUGGACGGGUAUUUGCUCUUAGAGAUGAACCUGAAGUUUGUAGAGUUUGGCUGCCAAACUGUGACUCACCCGGACUUGCAAUGGCACGUGCUUUUGGAGACUUUUGCCUUAAAGAUUUUGGUCUAAUCUCUGUGCCUGAUGUAUCUUUUCGUCGAUUAACCGAGAAAGAUGAGUUUAUAGUGUUGGCUACAGAUGGGAUUUGGGAUGUUCUCUCAAAUGAAGAUGUAGUGGCGAUCGUAGCUUCAGCUCCAUCGCGUUCUUCUGCAGCAAGAGCUUUAGUUGCGUCUGCGGUUAGAGCUUGGAGAUACAAAUACCCAACGUCCAAAGUCGAUGACUGUGCCGCAAUUUGCUUGUAUCUAGAUUCCAACAACUCGAACGCCAUUUCUUCAGCUUCUUCCAUGUCCAAACUGGAAGAUGACGACGAAGAACUAAAAACUGAUGAUGCGUCAGAACCAAGCGGUCUAGGCCGUUCCGGUACUGUCAGGACCGGGAAAGAGAUUGCGCUCGAUGAAAGUGAAGCCGAAAAGCUGAUAAAAGAAGAAGAUAACUUGGACUCAGAGCAUGGAACAGAGUAUUCUGCACUAGAAGGUGUUGCAAGAGUUAAUACACUUUUGAACUUACCAAGAUUUGUACCUGGAAAGUGA